UACAUUUAGCCGAUGCCAGACUGCCAUUGCUUUAUCUCGUAGAUUUUUGUAUCAUGGUUGUAUGCAAGAGAUACAAUUUACCUCAGAAGAACUGAGGUGUGGGUUUAUCAAAGUCGGCAGAGGAGGUCACAGAAAUCGUCGUGACAAGCUUUUGUCUCAGACUUUCAUCUUUUAACCGACCUGUGGAAGGAAAGAUAGAUGUGCGUCGGAGGAAGUUUUUGAGCUUUAUGUUGUCUUUGAAGGGGGUUCGAAAGAGUUUUCGAACAAGGGCAGAAGUAGAUCCUGUUCGAAGGUUUAUGUCUUAGACCUUCAUCUCACAACUGACCUGUGGAAGGAGAGAUAGAUGUGCGUCGGAGGCAGUAUUGCUCAGAGUGAAGUUUUCGAGCUUUAUGUCGUCUCAGAAGGGGGUUUAUAGGGGUUUACCAACAAGAGCAGCAGUGGAUCCUGUUCGAGGGUUUAGGGGAGCUUUUACAAGCGCACCGCAAAUUUCAGAGUUAGGUUUCAGUUGUGCACGCUGCUGAUAUGAGUGCUAAGCAAGAUGAGCGCAUGAUAAUGGGGCCUCCAUGGCCGCUCUCUUCAGUGCUGAAUUUGAGCGAGGACUCUGUGUCAAAUCUCUGUUCUGACAUUGAAGAAUUGAUUUGUUGCAAUUCAUCCUACGUCGAGUGAAUAGUUUAUCAAUUCCCACUUAUCACCCGCCUAUUAUUGUAUGGGUGGCCUUAGCUAUUCGCGUUCGAGUUUCGAGACUGCCUUGUCGUGUUGCCGAAGUUCUCCGAUUGGAGCAGGGGAAACAAUGAACAAUCUUGCGGGAUCUGAGUGUGUGUCCUCUUACGUGGGUCAUCUGGUGUCAUCCCCAGGGUCCCAGAAGGGGGAAGUUUGUAGUGAUGCAUCGGAAGGCUCUCAAUUGCGAGUCUCAUCACUGGUUUCCUCUCUAGACCCUAAUCCUGCUCAGCUUCCCUCGCCGAUCUCUCCCGCGUUGGAAAGUGAGAGUGAUGUCGCAGCUGAUUCCUCGGUAAACAAUCCGAUGGUGGGGUUGAGUUCAUCGAUUCUCUUGUCAACAUCUGCAGACGUGUUGCCAGGGAUAGGCUCAAGCAGUUGCAAUCUGGUGGCAAACUCUAGUCCGCGGUCCUCACCUGCCCAAUCCAUUUCUCCUCUUCCCGAGCAUUUGGAAUCCGUCUUCACCGACCUGGCCAAUGUACCUGGGUCGGAACCUAGCACGACCGCGGAAUUGCAAUCACGUUUGCUUUCUGGGGACGCUGCUUCUCGGUCGUCUGAUAUCCUUGGUAGCUUCUUGAAUGCCGGAAGGGACGGGUCAACAAACAGUCAAGAUUUGUCUUCCCCCCGCACUGUUGCUGGUGUCUCCGAUGGACCAGUUGCAGAUGAGCUUGAUUCGAUGGUUUCGAGAUCGUUCCAGUCUAAUACUGCUUCUGAGCUCUCAGUUUCGAUUGUGAAUUCGUCUACCAACAUUGCAACUUCUUCAGGGGAUCAAAUUAUUGUGACGACUGGCGAGCAUGAGAAGUUAGAAGUAAAAGUGCAAGAACUGGAGCAUGAAAUUCUCGAAGAGGGAGAGCUCGAAGAUGGUGAGUUAUCUGCGGGUUGGGAAAGUGGGGAAGACGAUGAAGUUGACGAUGAAGCUGCCGAUCCCAUAGAUUAUAGAGACGAUAAAUACGAGGAUAGAACGGAAGAACCGGAAGAAGAGGGAGAUGAAGGCAUAUUUGACUAUCGUACUGAAGGACUCACACCAGUGGUUACGCGGUUUGCUGCGGAUGUAAGAAUGAAUCAAACCUCAGCAGGAGGAGCAGGCAGCCAGUUGGGUAAAGUUCAUAAAAAGAAUAACAAACGUCGUAAGGGUAAAGGUGCCUUGUCUAGGCAGAGGAAGAAGUCGAGGUUGGAGAGAGCGCUGAAGGUUUCUAAUGAAGCAACUACUGAGUUCAACGCUGAUGGGGGACAGCAAGGAGACCGCUUGGCCAUUGUUUCGAAGCAGGUAGAGUCGAUUGACACUGUUAGGAGAGCUGGAGAGAAGCAACAGAAAGGGAGUAAAAAGGUUGAGACUGACGCCGGUGUCGAAGAAGGCGAGGUCAUUGAAGAGGAUAAUAGAGGGUUGUUGUCACAGCUGGUUGAAGAGGAAGUUGGUUUGUGGACUACCGAUGUUGGGGAUGAGCAAAUUUCAAGCUCUAAGAUUGAUAGCGAUGAGGAUGGGAAGAAGAAAACUCGUGCUCCUAUUUCUGCAGAGAGAAAACUGAAAAAGAAGAUUGCGUUUCGGAGAAAGCGAGCUGAGAAAGAGAAGGAGUUAGGUAUCAGGCGUCCACGUUUGCCAGUCAACACGUUCAAACCCAAAGUUCCCCUUUGCAAGUUUUAUAUUAAAGGGCGUUGUACAUUGGGUGGGAAAUGUACAUUUUCGCAUGAUGUGGUUCCUGUCACCAAGUCAGAUCCUUGCAAGUUCUUUAUGGUCAAUCGCUGUUUAAAAGGAGACGAUUGCCCAUUCUCACAUACUUUGGAUACAUUCCCCUGCAAAUUCUGGCACACACGAGGUCACUGCCUGGAUGGCAGUAACUGCCGAUUCUCACAUGGACCUUUAACAAACGACCAGCGCCAAAAUCUUGCCAAGCGCAUUGAGCAUGAUACUAAAGAGCAGCAGACCGCGCCAAGUGCUCCCAUAGAUUUCAACACAUCAGAGGAUUCAUACUCUGAGUACAUGCCAACUAUGAACAGUGCACAGACUGAAACUUCAGGCUGGGACGUGAGUCUACUUAAACCUUUACAUCAAGGCACCGGAAGUAAUGCAUCAACGAGCAUGACUGCUCAGAGCUUACAGAACACCAGGGAGAUUCAUCCAGCAGCAACUCGAUCCAACUUUACACAAAAUCAAGUAAGCACAAUGGAGGAGAUGAACAGGGAGGAGAUACAACUCACAGAUACACAGAAGGAAGACACUCCAGUCGAGAAUGCUGUCCUACUAGCAGCCAGGAAAGCUGCCUCAGCCGCAGCAGUCCAGGCAGCAGGCACCCCAGACAAAUUUCUCUUGAGCAGAUCUUCACCCAGCAUUUCACUUCCGAAGAGCAGAUCAUUUGGUCGGUUGGCUGGGCGUGGAAGUGAGGCAAGCGCAAUGGAUCUUCUUCAAGCCUCAUUCAGUUACGAUGACAGCUCUGAAUUGCUCCGGGAAGGUGGCAGCGGCCUAGGGAUGAGAACAAAAGGGAUUUUAUCUACUCCGACUGCGGGUAGUUCAAGUGGUGAUGGAAUAUUCUCAGACAGGUUUCUUGCGAGUAGUUCUGUGUCAAAGACUCCUAGUCUAGCGCGUGGCACUUCUUUGGGGCAGUCUAGGCAGGCGAUAGUUGCAGGGACGAAGGCGAGUGCAAUGGAGCUGCUACAGGCCUCGCUUGGGGAUGAGGCAACACUGGAUGGUAGAGAGGCAGGAAACAUUGGUAAAUCUUAGCAGGAAUCCCUGUGCCAGCUAGUCUUUCAGCUAUCAUUCAUUCUUGUUCUAUCCUCAUGCCCUUUUUUGUUUCUUCUGCACAGAUUUCGUUUCCUGGGGCUGUUGGGGCUCCUUUUAGAGAGAGUCACUUGUCUACUUGUUUAUUCAGCAGUUCAGGAAUCAGGUGUGCAUUUUUUUAUAGCGCAGGAAUGGCUUCUACUUGUCCGCCAUGUCAAUGCGCCAGGAUGAGAUAUCUGUGGGUGCAAUUUUUUCCAAUUUACUUGCACAUUCUAAUCGCGAUUCAUCUCGACCUUUGUAGAUCCUUUAUUCACAUGAAAGAUGAGUAACAUUUGGGCCAUGAAGCUCGAAGAUUGGUUUUCA